AUGAUUCGUAUUAUACCUAUUCUGACAUUUCUUCGUGUUGACACCCAACAACGGCGAGUCAAAAUCUGUGUUCUUCUUUUGUUUUUUCUAUAUACAAUAAUCCACAGAGACCUUAAGUCCAACAAUUUGCUUUUGAAUGAUGAAAUGAGAGUUAAAGUUGCAGAUUUUGGGACUUCUUGUCUUGAGACGCAAUGCAGAGAGGCCAAGGGUAACAUGGGAACUUAUCGAUGGAUGGCUCUAGAGAUGAUCAAGGAUAAGCCUUACACUAGAAAAGUGGAUGUUUAUAGCUUUGGGAUCGUUCUAUGGGAACUCACCACUGCCUUGCUUCCGUUCCAAGGCAUGACUCCAGUGCAAGCCGCAUUUGCAGUCGCUGAAAAGAACGAGAGACCGCCAUUGCCGGCGAGCUGUCAACCAGAACUUGAUCACCUGAUCAAGAGGUGUUGGUCGGAGAACCCUUCGAAGCGUCCGGACUUCUCAAACAUUGUGGCGGUGCUAGAGAAGUAUGACGAAUGUGUCAAAGAAGGGCUGCCUCUGACGUCACACGCAAACCUCACGAAGACCAAACACGCCAUUCUUGAUCGCCUUAAAGGCUGCGUCUCAGCCAUCAGCUCAAAAUCGUCUUCCUCCUCUGUUCCUGUAAAUGCUUGGUAAUUCAAAGUUGUUUAAGUACCAUAACACUCUCUCAUUGUAAAGAUUACUAUUCUUUUUUUAAGCAACAAGAUUACUAUUUUUCUUGGUUAGAAAAAAAAAAGAAGUGAUUUGGUCGUUUUCCUUCGUUCCCUUGAUCUCAAAGACUUUAGAACAAUGAUAAACCUAUAUCUUUGAAAUUCUAAUAUAUUUUUUGAGUGUUUAUCAUUUAUGUGUUCUUUGUUGCUUUUUUAAAACAUUGUCAUGAAAAAAUUUAGUGGGAUAUAAACAUCAUAAUAAGGAAAAAGAGUACAACUAUACACAUUAUCACAUUUCUUCAACGAGAUACUUCUGCUCGCCUAACCUAGUCGACGAAGCUUCAUAAAUCAUACACAUCACUUUCCCUCUUGUAUAUAUAGAUGGUCUUAUAAGACACUGCAUCACCUCGUCAGUUUGACGAAUUCAUCAUAGCUGACCUGACCAUCGCAAUCAACAUCAAAUGCUUUGAUGAAAUUAUGAGCAUCCUCGUCGGUUACUUUUUUCCCAUAAUUUGUCAAAAUAUAUUUUUGAUAGUCUGCCGCAGUUAUGAAACCAUUCUGGUUUACAUCCAGAAGCCUAAACCAUUGAAUCAUUUCUUUCUUUUCAUCCCAUGACAGUGUAACAUCUGUGGCAAACUUUCCGAACAUGGAAACUUUUUCUAUAUUAUCCCUGACAAAAGAGAAACAAAAAUUUACAAAAUUUUAGAAACCCACUAUCGAAUCUCAACUAUUAAGAAAGACAAAAACAUUCUAAAUCAUGGUGAAAAUUUCCUGUAAAACAUCGUAAUUUCUUAUUAUUUUAUAUCUUCAGCUUAAAGGCUUUAAGAAGGUUUAAGAAUCCCUCACGUUUCGAUGAAUUUGGCGAACUCAUUAUGGCUGAUCCGACCAUCAGAAUCAACAUCCGCUGCCUUGAUGAUCAUACGAACUUCUUCAUCGGUUACUUUCCCCCCAUCUCUUGUCAUAGAAUAUCGAAGCUCUUGUUCAUUUAUGAAACCAUUCCGGUCUAUAUCGUGACUCCUAAACAUUUCCCAUAACUUUUCCAUUUUCAGUUUUUCCAACAUAACUGUGGAAAUCUUUUCGAGCAUCGCAGCUUCAUCAUUCCUGAAAAAAGAAAACCAAAAUUUUGUUAAACUAGAGAAACUCCAAUCACUGAUUAAGAUAUAUAUAUAUAUAUAUAUAUAUAUAUAUAUAUAUAUAAAGAAGCAAAUCUCUUAUUGUGACAAACAAAUAUCAUCAGGAGAAAAAAAACUCCAAAAUAACACCAAUGAAAAUAUAAAAUGACUAAAUAAUUCCAAACAUUUACCCUAGCAAAUAUAACCCCUUUUUGAGUAACACAGAUAUAACCCCUAAAUACUAAAUUCCAAACCUUAAUCACUAAACUUCGACCUAAAUAAAAAGGUAUUUUUAGUUAAUGCUAUAUUCGGAAAUUUAUCCUUUGUGUGCUAUUUUGAAAAUUUUUCCCUUGUGUGCCAUUUUUUGAACAAAAAGGUGUUUUUAGUGCUAUUACAAGGUAUUUAUCAAAGAUAUAAAAGGUUUCUAUUUCAUUGAGCAUAGAGAGACAAGUAACAAACCAGUUACGAGAGUGUUCUCCCACUAUGGUUGCUACACAUGUCAAAGCUUCGAUCCAUCUCCGCUUCUUUUCCUCUGCUAUACCUUCACAGGUUUUCUUGAACGCGACACCAAAGUCUCCCUUCUGUUUCCGUAUAUCAGAUGGAUCAACGUCGUAGAAAAUUGGCAUCACAAUCUGCCCCAAAUCUUCUUUGCACUUCAAGAUUUCAAGUAGUUCAUCUAAACAACAGCUCGAAGAAGCGUAAUUCCUAGAGAGCACAACGAUGGAUGCUUUUGCUUGUCUAAUGGCUUGUAUGAGCACAGGUCCGAUCGUCUGGCAUCUCUCCAUCUUCUGAUCAUCGAACAUCGUGAUUUGUUUCCUCGCAAAGACAUUGUGUAAAUGACUGAGGAAAUCUCUACGAACAUCUGGCCCGUGGAAGCUCGGGAAGAUUGAGUGUAUAACGUGAGACAAAGAAGAAGAAGUAGCCAUGAGAGAGCUAGAGCAAAAGAGAGUUUGAAGAAAGUUACUAGUGGCUUGUUGAGUAAACAAGUUAGUUGUUCAUAUAUAUAUAUGCAAAACACGUAAAGAGAAGAGGAAAUGUCAAAAGGAAUAUUAAAUGAGACUGUACUGGAAACUACUGGCUUAUUUCCACGUAGUCGUCGGCGACUCAUAAAAGCUUUUUUGGGUACAAAUGUUAAAAACUCAUAGACUCUUAUGAGUUCUGUUUUUGGUGGAAAUGUUAAAACUCAAAAAAGACUCUUGUUUCCUAAUGGCCGCCGAGGACCACAGGCUUGUUUUUAUUGGUAAACGUUCGGAAUAUUUUUUUUUUUUUAAACUCCAAUACUCCUUAGCCUUAAUUCAUAAAUGUAUUUUCUCCUAUGAUCAAACGUAUACAUAAUAUAUAGGUAAUAGAAAAUCAGGGCAUAUGUGAAAAGGUUUUAAAAUAUUGAUUUGAUUACCUACGUCCCCAAAGUGCGCAUAUCUAUAUAGGAAGAUAUUUAUUUAAAAUUCCAUAGUUAAAAGUGUUUAAGAUAGAGUAAUAGAAAGAUGAAUGACCUAUAAAUUCACAAUAUUAUGCGAUUGAGGCCAAAACACGAAGAAAGAUCAUGUGGUGAUUGCAUGGUCAAUAAACAUGACUAAUGAGAUUUAAAAAAA